AAGAAAUUUAAAAACAAAAAUCGUGUUUAGGAGGGCUAGAAGAUGGGAUCAGCUGCUGCAGACAAUCAUCAUCAACCGCUGCUGCCGGCGACGGCGGCGUUGUUGUCGUCUCACUCACUAUUUUCGAAUGAGCACGAAACUAGUGACGAACUGGAGAAGAUAUUAUCGGACACCAAGUUGAGUGCCGUCCAGCGUUACAGUCGAGCUACUUGGACAGAGAUGAAGCUUAUGUCCAACUUGGCAGCUCCGGCCAUUUUGGUGUACGUCAUUAACAACCUCCUCUCCAUGUCUACACAGAUCUUUUCCGGCCACCUCGGCAACCUCGAGCUCGCCGCUUCCUCUCGGCAACAGUGGUAUUCAAAUUUUCGCAUACGGUCUCAUAAUGGGAAUGGGAAUCGCGAUGGAAACUCUAUGUGGGCAAGCGCAUGGUGCGGAGAAGCGCAAUGCUUGGCAUUUACUUACAGAGAUCAGCCCUAUUGUUGACACUAACGGGGCGUACUCUUAACUAUUUUUUAUAUGUUUUGCAAGCCCAUCUUAAUCUUUGUGGGUGAACCCAAGGAUAU